UGUGAACACAAAUAUUUUGGUCUAGAAUGCAACAGAACAUGUCAUUGUAGAAAUGUCACAGAUUCCUGUAUGCAAUCUACUGGGGCAUGUCCAUCAGGCUGUGCUGUGGGAUACACAGGAGAGGAUUGUAGCUUACCGAUUUCCGAUAAUGAAGGUCAUUGUGAUCCACCGCCUAUUAUAACCAAUGGCCACUGGAGCGCUUGCUCCCAUGAAUUUGAAGGUGUUUGCUUAAUGUUAUGUAAUACUGGCUACAAAGCUCAAGGUAAAAGAACUAUAUCAUGUCAAGCUAACAAGCUCUGGACAAGCCAUGGAAGAUGCAAAAAAAGUUCUUCUUUUGAUGGUUGUAUGGAGGACUGGUAUGGCCCUCAUUGCCUUUACAGAGAGCUUACCUCUUUGAAAUUUGAAACGCUUCAAUCUGGAUUACUAAAGGCCGAAAAUUGUUCCGCAGCUAAUAAUAUUCAAAUGAAGUUUAUAGAUGAAAUAUAUUUUAAAUCUCUAAUGAUCAGGUACCAAGAAAAAAGCACCCUUGUCAAUGUAACUGUCUCAUUGAAAUCAUUGGAUGGAAUCAUAUUAAAAUGUGAAAAGAUAUUGACCUACUGGAUCGAUAGUUUUACUAUGUGGAUCGAUUGUGCCAAAGAUAGAUUUGUGAUUGAAGUAAACAUAAAAUUUAGUUCAUUUGUUUCCGUUUGUCAAGUCAGAUUAAACGGCGGAAGAAAUGUUAUAAAAGAGUCUCGCAUAGAAAUUCAUUCGAAUGGCCUACGUAUUCCGCUGAAUAAUACAGACUUGCUAGGGGUGUUCGAUAAUGAAGAAGAAGACAUCAAUUGUUUCACCAUUAUUAAACCAGGGCAAGAGAUCAUUUGGGAAUCUAACUUUGAUUGGCCGAGAGUAAUAUUUCAAAUUUUAAUUUUUACCACUGGAAAUUUAAACACAUCAAUGCACAAAUUUAAAGUCGAACUGUACAACGAUGAACAUGAAUUAGUAUUUACAGCUGCAAUCGACAAGUUCUCUAUACCUUAUACGUUAAAUAUUGGAAAAAUUGAAAUGAUCACGAAAAUUGUCAUCAUUGCAAGCGAGAUUAUGGCACUGUGUGAAUUACAAGCCUUUGGUGAUUGCACGAAUCGUAGAUACGGCAUAAACUGUAACCAUAUAUGUAUGACGACCUGCAAAAACCAAGAGUGCCAGUUUACAGGUGUUUGCAAAUUGUGUGUUCCAGGACGAUCUGGGGACUAUUGUCUAUAUUCAAACACAACACUUAAGUUUCCAAACAAUACGGAUGAGAAUUUUACGAUACAACCACUGUUUUACUCCGAGCAACAAACCAGCUCACUGUCAUGGGAGGAGCUUUUCGUUAUCAUUUUGGUCUUCGCACUUUGUCUUUUUGCAUUGAUGCUUAUUUUAUUCAGUCGUACUUCAAUUCCACGCCUAAAUUCUACUCAAGAACAAUCUUCUUAAAUGGGAACAUAGGACCAAGGAUUACUAAAAAUACCGAUGUUUAUUGAAUUUUUAAGAGAUGUCUGAUUCGUUUAUAUCUAUAUUGAAUUGAGACAUUCUACUCCUGAACACUUUAACUAGUCGUAA